GUUUGAAAUUAGGGGGUGUAAAAGUGCUAAACGUCACCUAAGAAGUUUUUUAGUAUUUUAAAUUUGAAUUAAGUGCAACUAAGAAGUUAUGUUAGAUUUUUUGUGUUUUCUCGUUUAUUAAUUUUAUUUUAAAUAUAAGAUUGAAUUAAUUCUGAAAAUGGCACCAAAUUUAGUUUUGGAUCUGAACCAGUUAGAUAAUAAGCAAUUAAAAGAUGGAGAGAAACAUCAAUUGGUUAACACAAUAACAAAACAAUUUAAGGCUAAUAAAUAUAGUAAAGCAGAAGUUAGUGAAUUCUUAAAUCCUAGAAAAAUUGUAAAAUCUGAAAAGUUCGUUAAACGACUUUAUAUUAACCUUUUAAAUGAAACAAAGAAUGAUGAUAUUCUCAUCCAAUCCUUGUUAUCGGAAGAUGAAGAAAUUAUUGAUACAAUUAUUAAACGUUGUGAUUUUUUUUGGGAAAAUCCACAUUAUUCUAUAGAAUUUUUAUACGAAAAAAUUUUUCCACAAAUUUCAUAUUCUCAAAGAAAAGAAAUUCUUAAAGCUAUACAAAGAAACAUGAAACAUCCUGAAUAUUCAAAAAAUUGUUUUGAUCAACUGAAUACCAUUUAUGGUAUUGAGUCAGCCCGUCCUUUUUUAAAAUUCUGCGCAUUAGAUGUAUGGAUUGAAACACUUAAUAAGAAUGUAUUCUUAAAUGAGAAAGAUCUUUUAGAUAUUAUCAAAAAUCGUCCAAAAGAUGUUUUACAUUACAUUGUAACUUUGGUAGAACUUCAUAAAAGAGAUAAAAUUCCACCUAAUUGUUCUUUAAAUAAUUAUUUAAAUAUUUUUUUGAAAUUGUUUGAUUUAUAUCCACAAGAUGCUUUUAAAUUGAUUGAUAAAAAGAAAGGUAUUUUAGAUUCAUUUAAAGCCAGCAGAAAGUUAACAAAAAAGUUGAUUAAAAUGUUUUCUGAUUUUGUACUAUCCGAUGCAGAAUCAAAUAGAUAUAAUCAGUUUGUUAUAAUGAAAUAUCUCACAAAAGAGCAACUAGAAAUAUAUUUAAGUGAACUUUUUCCUAAAAACAAUCCAAAUUUCGUAAUUAUUCCAGUAAUAAAUUAUCGAGUAGAUUGUUAUAUUAAUAAAAUUAAAAGUAAAAAAGAAAAACUUGAUAUUGUUCAAAAAUGUUAUAAAAGGGUUUAUGGUAAGGAACUGCUAGCCAACAAAAAAAAUAUUAACUUUGAAUUACUAAAAUGGAUCGAAGAUAAUGAUUUAAGACAUAUGUAUGCCAUGGAAAAAUUUGAAAAAGCCGUAAGCAGCGAUGACGGACAAAACGAUUCAGACCCAGAGAACAAAAAACCCUCAGAAUGGAUUCCGUACAUGAAAACGGAUGUAUCAAUUCCGAAAUUGAAAGACUUAAUUCAGACUUCAACCAAUGCUACAGAUCGUAAAGAGUUUCUUAAAAAUUUGAUAUUCACAUGUGUAAUAAACAAAGAUUCAAAGGCUUUGGUUGAAACUUUAAAGUAUGUAAAUACAAAAUUCAAAAAUGAACAAAUUUCUGUGAGGAGCAACUUAAUUUCAAUUUUGGGAUUUUGUUUGGAAAAAAACUUAAUCACAUAUAAUUCAGAACAGUGGCAAGAAAUUUAUAAUAUGGUAUAUAAUUUCGAUCUGAAAUCCGAACUUAAUGGAUACUCGGUUAAUAUUCCAAACAGUAUUUUUACGGAGGCAUUGAAAUAUUCAACUAAAGAUAAAACUUUAUUCAAAAGCUGGUUUCGACUAUUUUGUCAACAAGCACAUUAUCAAUGGGCGUUCAAUGAAAUUUUAAAAACUAAAAGUAAAACGGUACUAGAAAUGGCAUCAGAAUGUGUAGAUGAAAAGAGUGGCGAAUAUUUAUUAGAAUGCUACCAUACUUACAAUAAAGAUCAUUCAAAGGAUACUUUGAAUAUUGCUGAAUUUGAAUUUGCUUUGCAAUGUUACAAAAGAAAAAUUAAUGAAAAAGAAGAAAAUAAUCUUUAUAACUUGGCUGAACUAAUAAAUCUUCUGGAGAAAGAUCGCAAUAUAGCAAAAUAUUUUAAUGAAGAAAUUACAUCUCUAAAAAAGGAGUAUGUUAGAGGCAUCAAUGAUAUUGGAAAUUUAGAGAAUUUUGUGCAAUAUGCAGAGUGUGAUCGUGAUUAUUUUCCAAUUAUAAUUCCAAAAAUAUGUGAAAUAUUUAUUACAUUUCUAAAGCAAAAGAACUACACAUUUUGUGGAAAGAUGUGCUAUUAUAAAUACAUAAAAAAGCUACCUGAAUUGGAAAUGGCAAUUCACAAGAAAUUGUAUCAGAUUUUGAAAAACAAAGAAACUGACGAAUUGAAGGAGUAUGCUAUAUGGAUAUUGUCUUCACAUUUAACUAAUGCUGAGUUUUUUGAAAUAGUGAAACCAUAUUAUCCUAAGGAAAAAGCACCUAAUACUGAAAGUGAUGAAUGCCAGUACAAGUUCAUGUAUCAAAAACGUAUAGCUUACAGUUUAAAAAAAUUCAAAUCCGAUCCGGAAACUCUGAAUGCAUUAAAAGCUUUUUGUUACGGAGAUUAUUUACAAUGGACAGUUGGGAGUCUUAACAGUAUUUGUAAAAAAAUCCCUUAUUAUAAAUCAAAAGAGUUUCUUGAAAAAUGUAUCAAUGCACCUGUUUCGUUCAGAAAACACGUUUUUAGACUUUUAUAUACGAUCCUUAACAAAAAGUCAUCAGUUAUUCUAACGAAUGAAAACUGGGCCAAAGAAAAAAAUCCAACAACACGAAAAAUUUUGUUGCAAAUAAUAUUUAAAUAUUUUAUAAAUGAUUUCGACAAACUGACUUGGUGGAAUAUGUUGGAAAAUUGCAUAAACCAAUUAAGUAGCAAAGAUAAAGAUAUGAUUGAAAUUUUCGCUAACACCACCGAUAUUCCAACUGAUUAUUUAUCACAAUAUGUUGAACUAAUAUAUAAAAAAAUUAUGAAAAUUGAAAAUGAACUACCCGAUCUUCAAAAAACAAGAUUUAAAAUGUUGAGUAAUAUAAAUUUGAAAAUUAACUAUAUGUCGAAUAAUUUCAUUGAAGAAUUAUUAAGAGAAAACUUUUUGAAUAUAAAAUUACAUCAAUCUGUUUGUGGAGAUUACUCAACAAUCGCGGCCAGCUAUUUGUUUUCGAACAAAACAUCUAAGUCUGAAGUAGAAGAAAGAAUUGCGUUUGUUUUUAAAAAGAUUAAAGUUGCAUUUAAACAUUGGAAUUCAUAUGAUGAAGACAGAAAUGUUUAUUUUGUAAGAGAAAUGUUGUUUUAUUUUAUAAAUGAAAUAAUUUUGAAGGUUUUGAGACUUAACAUAGAAGACAAAGAUUUCGUUAAUUACUUGAUUCCAAAUUUUGUAAAAUCGUUAAAAGAAAUUUUCGAUCCAACUAUUUAUUUUUAUUCAUACUAUAUGAAUUUUGAAUUGAUUUUAAUUUAUUUUAAUGUGGAUAAAAAUUUAUUAGAAUUUGGAAAGCAAAUUCGUAAUAUAAUUGAUAGAGAAAUACAGAAGUACGAAGAUAUUGUAGCAGUUCAAUUAGCAAAAGAGUUUCAACAUUUUUAUGAACUUCUUGAUAGCGAUGAAGAUGAAAAGAAUAUAACAGAUAUUAUAGAUGGUCUAUUACACGAACCAUUGCAAUCAUCUGGAUGUGCUUUGGUUGUACAUUUUCUAACAAAUGUUCAAAAUACAGUUGGGGAUAAUUAUAAAAAACGAAAAUAUAAUGAAACCUUAUUGAAAACAGAAGAUAAGAGAAUUAGAUUGUAUUUAAACAACAAUUAGUUGAAAACUGAAAUGUAUGUUUGGUUUUAUAUACUUUUGGAAAAUGUAAUCUUUUGUACUUUGUACUUAAAUUAAAUACUUUCUAUUUAUAUUACUAUCGGCACUGUAUUUCUUAUAUUGAAUUUAUAAAUAUAUUUUUGAAAAUUGUACACACUCUUAUAUUCUGUAAAAAGUGAUGGAACCUAAUAUUGUUGGAAGGAGAACGUAGGUAUGUACAUAUUAACUACAAAAAUAAAUCACUAACUGAAAUGUAAAAUUGAAUUCAAAUA